GCAUUAGCUGAACAUUUACUAUUUUCAUCUGACUCAGUCUCUAUGAGCAAUGUUCCCAUUUCAAAGGCAUCACAUUCAGUUGAUUGUGACAUCACAAUGAAGGCCCCUAUAAAAAGAUUUACUCAGCUCAGUUGGGCUACCUUGGACUAAGGUCCCCAUCAACCCUUAACCUUUUUCAUUUUCUCCCCUGAACAAUGGGUGCAAUGUGCACCCAUAUGCAUAGGAAAAAGAAAAAAGCAGAGUUAAACAGAAGACUAGCUUCUGGAAGAAAAAAAUUUGACACAUCUUUGCCUGAUGGUACCAUCGCCCCAUCAGAUGACUCCUCGGUGUCCACAAUGACUGCCAACAAUACUUCAGGUUAUAAACAUCAAAUGAGCUUCCCUUGCUUCACAAACAUAUCAUGGAGCUCUUGCUACAAAACCUUCAAACUCAGCUUCACUAUUACCAACAUGUUUUACACAACAAAGAUGAAUCAAAAGGACUCCAGAACAUUCAAGGCUGCUGAGCAUAUCCUACAAAUCUUGCUCAAGGUAUUGUUUGGAAGCAGCAAGCUUGGCUCUCAGUAUUGUGGAUGCAGUGGCCUUUCACUGAGGUCUCUGAAGAACAGCAUAGCAACUGGAGUAGAUAUACUCUGCACUUUCAAGAAGGACUCCUCCAACCUUGUCCUGGACAAAAAGGUGGUUUCCUGGGAGCUGACUGAACAGCUCUGUAGAAGAGAGCUAAAACACCUGGUUAUAGACAAUGAUAGCCUCAUUGUGAAUGGGUAUCAACAUAAGCUGCCAGGAAUCAGAUCCACAAAGAGAAGUGAGGUUGCUGUAGGACCUGUCACCCAUAUCCCAGACCAUGGAGAACCAGGAAAAAUCAUGACAUCACUGACUAGUGGCCUCCUGAUCUGUGAAUCCCCUGUAAAUGCUAUAGAGAGUGACAUUGGUGUAGGGCCCUUCACCCAUAUCCCAGAACAUGGAGCACCAGGAGACAUGACAUCAGUGACCAGUGAAUCUACUGUAUGUGCCAUGGGAUUCUCUACUGAGACUUCAGGGACACUGAAGAAAGUGAGUGGAUCUGACCAGGGAAGAGAACGAACAAACUCCACCAGUAUCCCUAUGACUGGCUUUAUCGGGAGAGAUUCCAUUGCUGACACUGAAACGGACAUAACUGUCAUGGAGACAACUCCAAGAGCCACAGCCACUCAAGACCCACUUCUCACUAUGCCCACUGGAGCAGGUGACCUCAUCCCUGGGAUGCACAGGAGAAUGGUGUCCUCUCCCACCGAAACCUCAGUUCCAUCUGAGAUAUCCUCUGGAGUCACCAUUGCCAUUGCAAGGACCUCACUCUCCAUGACUCCAGUAGAAAUCACAGCUAGGCCCGGCUCCAGUGCUCCCUUAAACAUCAGCCUUUUGGGGACAAUUUUUUUAUACCCCUUGCAGACAUACCUGUAGCUGAAAU